UGGCUCCUGAAUAUUAAUAAGCAAUCCUUUACCGUAGUAGGAUUCCUUUCCAGGAAAUGCAUUGCCAAGUGUCACUUUCACAACAACAGCACCGAUAAUGGCACUUAAACAGGAAAAACCGCUUUUCCACAACAACUCUGCUUUUAAAAUGAGGAGAGUUUGGUAGUUGAUAUGUUACGCGGAUACUCCAGGUUAUGUUAAACUCUGUAGGGAUGACUCUUGAGGUAGUUUUUCAUCUGUAAUCGGUGUUUGGAUGUGAAUUGUCUGGGAAUGGCGCGAGGGAUGCGCUCUCAGUCGGAUGUGGAGUACAGCGCGGUUGGGGAAGGACUCGGGAUGCGGGAAUUCUGGAUCUUUCUGUGGCUCCGCAGGCUGUCAGUGGUCGCGGCGCACAUAGUUUCUCUCGGCCUGGUCGUUCUCACAUUCAUACUCUCCAGACCAGGAACAAGUCUGUUCUCCUGGCAUCCCGUCUGCAUGUCACUCGGGUUUGGCCUGUGUAUGACAGAAGGGAUCCUGCUGUUCUCCGCUGAGGGCAGUCCGUUCUGCUUUAAGUCCCGCAAGUGGAAGGUUCGUCUACACUGGUUCUUCCAGGCUCUUCUGCUCAUCUGUGGAGCCACGGGAUUGGGCUUCAUGAUGGCCAGUAAGAACAUAAAGGAGUAUCAGCACUUCACGUCCUGGCACAGCCUCCUGGGGGUCUCCACGAUGGCCGCUACGCUUCUGCAAGCCAUCUGCGGGGUCCUGCUGAUCUUCCCCAAACUCAUCAGCACUCGCUCUUUCCCACGGCUGAGACUCUAUCAUGCUACCUGUGGUCUGGUGGCGUAUCUGCUGGCUACCGUCACGCUCAUGUCCGCCAUGUUUACGGACUGGUUUCAGGCCUCGGUGAGUGGCACUUUCUGGUAUGUCUUCCUGUUUCUGCCGCUGUUUCCUGCUUUAGUGGUGAUGAAUCAAAUCACUAGUGCCUUCCUGCCCAAGAAGAAGAUCACCAGCUGAAGACUCUGUAGAGGGGUCACUGAUCUGGAUCACGUUUUAAUAUUUAAUAUACUUUAAUAGGGGUCUGAGGACUCUUUUAUAAAGAUUUAAACUCGAUGUGAAGUAUGAUGCUUUUGGAAAUGUCCCACGUGCUUAUAAUUUCAUAUAUAAUAUCAUUUUCAUUUAUUUUUUCAGAAAACUAUUUAAUAAAUGAUUUACUCCAAACAGAUCAGAUUCUGAUUCUCUGGAUUUACUAUUAUAGUUGUGUGUUUAAGUAAAACGUCAUUUUUGCUUUAUGCUAUAAACCACUGACGACUGUUCUUUCAAAUUUAAGACAAAAAUGUUGAAAUUGAUAGUUUUUUAGGCUGAAAUAUGCUUAUUUAUUUUUUUAUUUUGAAAGAAAUCAUUGUAAAUUUCAAUUUUCAGUCACCGCAAAUGGAAACAUUUGACAUUUUAACUAAAUAUUAUCAGACUUUUCCAAAAAAAAUGAUGUUUCACUCAAAUUCAUACCUUAUAAACAGGGUGCCAAUUAUACUUUGACGAUCGGGGGGUCAACAUUUUCAGUAAUGUUAUUUUGUGUAAUACAUGCUUCAGUCAGUCAAAUUCAUGUAUUUAUUUAAAUUACAUCUAAUUUAUUAAUACAAUGUAUUUCAGUUUUCAGUGUUUUCUGGGAUGUUUAGCGUAUUCUGACCUACAGUAACCUCAAAAGUAGCAAAUCACAUACUGUAGGUCAAACCAGGCAUCUAAAUUGACUUUACUUUUAGGCUGUAUGUAGAAACAAACACCAAUCUUACAAGAAUCUUGUAAACAUAUUGUCUAUUGGUGUUCUAGAUUGUUGAAUGAGUUUUUUUUCUCGCAGACUGAUUGGAGUGAUAAUGCAUUCACAGUGGUAUGAACCAUAGAGGUGAUCAAAUGUAAAUCUAUAUUAUCUAUUAUUUAAAUUAAUAACAUAAUUAUUUAAAAUACAGACCAGAGUAAACUAUUCCUCACCAUUAAAGGGCUGACCCCCCCCAUAUAUUUUGUUUUGAUGUCCUUCAGGGGGGAUUAAGCAUUAAUUAGGGGGGUCAAUCCUUCCCAAACCCCCUCGAAUUCGCACCCUGAUUAUAAAUGCAAUAAAUUCAGAGAAUUUCACGUUUAUUUCGUAUUUAACACGCAAAAAGGGUGCAGAAUAGAAGUGUCCAAAUUGAAAGUAUUCCUAAAACAACUGUAAAAUACAUACAGAAAAUCUUCUUCUGCGUAGAUGAUGUACACUUCCCAUGAGUUCACAGGAGAGGAUUUAUGAAUGUUAUGAAAACACAACAGACACUAGUAUGUGUAGCAUGUCAAGAUUGCAUUCAUGCUAUAUACAUUUAGGACCUGGGUGCCCAAACCUGUUGCAGGAGAUCGACCGUCCUGCAGAAUUCAGCUGCAACCUUAAUCAAACACACCUGAAUUUAAUUACCAAGUGCUCCUAGUUAGUUUAGUUGAGUUGAGUUUUUAAAUUCUGCAGGAAGGUAGAUCUCCAGGAACAGGGUUGAACACCCCUGAUCUAGGACAUUUUCUCAUAAUGUUCUACUCUAAAAACCCUUAGUGAAGUGUACAGUAAAUAUAGUUUAUUCACAGAAGGAAUUUACUGUAGCUGCUUACAAACUUGUGAUUAGUUUUGAAAGCUCAGGUCGUUUAUUAAAUUUGUUAAACUCUUUCAAUUCUAUUCUAAAAUGCCUAUUUUUCAAUAUUUACAAUGUUGUUUAAACCUGAUUAAUUAACUUUUUUGCUUUAUUUCUUAUUCAAUACAGAUGCAGUUUUAGAUACUUUCUAAAUAUGCUAAAUAUAAGAGUACAUAUAAAAUACAUUUAAGGUAUUUUUAAUAGUAAUGAACUGCAGACACUUUCAGUCUUUUAUAAAAUAAGGAAAUCAUAUAUUUACCACAAAAUUUGUAAUAUAAAAUACAUUUAUUUCAAAUCGAUCACAGUUUUUAUAUACCAGGGGUUCUCAAACUCGGUCUCAGAGGGCCGGUAUCCUGCAGAUUUUACCUCCAUCUUGCUUCAACACACCUGUAAGGAUGUUUCUAGAAAGCGUAGUAAUGCCGCGGUCACAGUAGAUUUUGAGCAUGUGAAAUUCUGUAGUAAGGCUACUGCGAAAAGGGGCGGGAUUAAACAUGAUGAUUAGACUUAAAAAAAAGCGAGCGAUUGGUCCAUAAUUCAUUUCUGUCUAUAGAGGUCAUGUUUUGAUCUUCGAUUGGUCUCACACAGUCAAGUUAUGCGAUUUCGCAUGUCAGAGUUCACCAAGCUUGAACUUUGUUCUGCAGUGAACUGCGAAACUUGUUGCACGAGCUUGUGUUUCCGGUCUGAUGCAUUCGUGUGGUUAUGAGUGGAAGUCUAUGGGGAGAAAAGCCCUGUGUGACCACGCUUAAGAGCUUGAUUAACCAGCCCAGGUGUGUCUGAUUGGGGUUGGAAUGAAACUUUUCAGGACACCGGCCCUGCAGGACAGCGUUUGGGCACCCCUUUUAUAUUCAGUUAAAGACCAAAUAAUUAGCACUCUGUGAAUUUGUAAUGUAACAGAGGAAAAUCAGGUUUUCAGUAUUUUCUUUUUUCUGGAUAAAGUCAAAAAAUUGUAACUGCUAAGGUAAAUUUUAUUACCCCCUUAAAAUAUUUUACAGAACAAAACUACUGUUGUCCAAUGACUUGCCUUAUUAGCCUAGUUGAGCCGUUAAAUUGCACUUACUAGUACAAGUCAAUACUAGUUUAAACCUGCUGGAUGUGCUGAUGCUCACUUUGUAGUGGACUUCACCUUUAUGCUGACUACUGAUACUCUCCAUGAGGACAUUAUAGCUGACUAAUUCUGUAUUGGUAUCAUGUUAUUUUACUAUGCACUGAGGCAUUCUGGGAAAAUUAACAAAAUUGCAUUUGCAUUGCAAGUACAGUAUGUGUUGACAGCAUUACAGUAAGCUUUCAUAUGUGUUUUGCAGUAGUUCAGUUUAUUUGUGGUUCGGUAAUUUAAUUUAGCCUUUUCUUUCCAGAAACUAGGAAUGCUAGCAGUCUAUCACUACCAAAGCUAAGGACUAACCUGGGACAUGCUAACAGCAUGGUAAAACCUGUUAACAAUGUGUUAAACAAUGCUUAAAACAUGAAAGUAAUGUGUCAGACAUGUUAGUUUAGUAAAUUAAUUUGAUGAAAUGCUAAUUUUAUGUAAUCAUAUCAUCUGAAACAUGCUAGAUGUUUGCUAAACAGCUCUAGAAACGUGCUAAUUUCAUUAAAACAAAGUUUUGCUAAAACAAAGCCGUGCUAGAAAUGUAUGCUAGCAAGUUACAAUAUGCUGGAAACAUGUUAACAGAUAUUUGUUAGUCAUGUUAGCAACAUGUUAAAUAACACUAUCAAAAGCUGAACAUUAGCAUCAUGAUCAGUCUUAAAAAUGUCCAUGAUUUUAUGU